AUAAGUGAACCCCAUCCCUGGCAUACAUGUCAUUUCGGUCAUAGAAGUUGUCCCAGUUGUCAAUGAAUGGUACUGCAUUAUCCUUACAGUGUUUAUCCAGCCAGCAAUUAAUACCAAUUGCUCUGGACAGCCAUUCAUUUCCAACAUCCCUUCUUGGCAAAAUGCCACAUAUAACAGGGCGCCCCCCCUUCUUCCUAAUUAUAUCUAUUGCUGUCUUGAACCUUCUAAGUCCUCACUUCUGCGCUUGCCUACAUCAUUGCCUCCAGCACUGAGGCAGAUAAUGGGAUUGAUCCCAUUACCGUUCAUGAUGUUGUCAAGCCGGCUAACAAUGUCCUCCAUCCCAGCCCCAGGAAAGCAAACUCUGUCUCCUACUUCUGUCCUUCAAGCAGAAAGCCCUAUCCAUAUAUCUAACCUGGCUAUCCCCAACAACAAUAAUAUUCUUACCUUCCUUGGCGUCGUUUGUAGUGGCGUUCCCAGUAUUCAACUCACAUUCGUCGGGUAGCACCGAGAAUGCAUUGGAUGUUUCCACAACAGUUUCCACAGCAGUCUCUUUCUUCUUCGUCGUCUCUACCUUUCCAUUAGUCUUCUUGAUCGUCAACUUCGUCUUAUGCUGUCCAGCCACUGUCCACGUUCCCUUCUUGACCUGAGGACUCGAAAAUGGAGGACUACUACGAAUCCUCUUGUUUUCCUCAGUCAAUCGCCGUAUCUCUAUCUUCGCUACCCUCUAUGCAUGUCCAGUAAAUUAAACACUAACAGUUGGAUUUUAUUCAGAAUGUAUUUAAUGACUCUCAUGCAUAACAGAGCCUUUAGUGCACAUUCUAUGUAGAAGAAACCAGGACUGUAAUCAACCAUCUCAAACCUAAUGAUGGACCAGUAGGCAGACUGCAGUGCUCAGCUCCCUGGAUCAUCAAGACCUGGCAUUCACUUCUUUAUUUUCAAUCUUUACAUUGUUCUUGCCCCACUUACCACGAGUAUAUAUGAGGCGUUAUAAAGAAUAAGCGCCACCAUGGCCAAAAUCCGGGCUGGCCGGGCAGCAUGACCUCAGUGUCUUCAGAUUUCUGGCUAGCCAAUCAUUUUCCUGGAAUGCAAAUCAAUGGAAGAAUGUCAGCUGUGCGGCGCUUCUUCUGUCUUUUUGUGACCUUCGACUUUCUCUUCACUGGCCUGUUUUGGGCCAUAUGUGUGCUGAUUGAACACCAAGGAAAGUAUGAGGCUCUAGUGGAAGAAAUAAUAUAUUAUAACAUCAGUUCUUCAAUAUUUGACAUUGUGAUGGUUGCUGCUUCCAGAUUCAUCGUUCUCCUGCUCUUCUACGCCUUGCUGCACAUCAACCACUGGUGGAUGGUUGCUAUAACCACUGCUGGUAGCUGUGCAUUUUUCAUCAGCAAGAGUUUAAUGUAUAAGGUAGAGUAGCUGUUACUGUUAGUGA